GCUUUACCUUUGUGGAAACUAGAAUAUUGUUCUCUCAAAAACUCCAUAGAGUAAAGAUCUCUUAUAAAAUCUUAUAAAAAACUAAGAAAUGUGUGAAGAGGGCACGAUCCGGGACUGCGAGCCCACAACCUUGCGGCUUCCCUUCAACAGCUACCAUAUCAACUUGCCUCUUUAUAUUUUGGACAUGGUGCGCAUCUUCCAGGACCAUCCCAAGUACAGCAAUGGUAUCCAUGAGGAGCACAUCCUGGAGAUGCUUGAGAAGGAACCCUUUGCCUGCGGGGAUCUGGAAUCGCAGAUAAAGACCGCUCUGCUGGAUCUUACGGCCAAGGGCUUCAUACGCUUCAUUACCAAUGGAUACCGCACCCUGGGACCCAUUGCCAAGCUCUCCAAUGCCCGUUCCGUGCGUCACUUCAACAUGACUUGGCAGCGCAUUGCCGAAUUGCAGAAGGUCAACUGCCCGAGCCUGGAGCCCGGAUCCAUCUCCAGUGGACCCUGUACCCAGCGUGGAUCCAACUACUAAAGUCCUGACCCUUUUAUCGUUCAUUUCGUUGCGUUAACCAUUUCGUUUAUUAAGUUGAGUUUCUCGCAGAGCAGUCCACACGCACACGAAAUACUCCAUCAAAAUUGUAAUCGUCUAGUAAAAUUCCUGCAAAUCCAA